AGCACCACUAAAAUUCCUAUCCAUAAACAUUCACUCAAAAAUAGCCUAUCUCUCGUCUUCCCCAAAGAACCAAGAGAAAUGGUGCUCACUCUAUCCAACACAUUCCUCCACAAGAACCUAUCCCCUUCACUCUCCCUCAACAACAAGGUGAAGGGAGUAGUGGGCGGCAAUCAGAUGCGGUGGAGCUGCCGGAAGAAGGACAUUCACCCUGAGUUCUACGAGGAUGCGAAAGUGUACUGCAACGGGGAGCUGGUGAUGACUACCGGUGGAACCAAGAAAGAGUAUGUGGUUGAUGUGUGGUCCGGCAACCACCCCUUUUACCUGGGUAGCCGCACUCAACUUCUUAUCGAUGCCGACCAAGUUGAAAAGUUCCGAAAGAAAUUUAGUGGGCUUGAUCAAUUUAUGGAAAUUCCGGUGCUCAAAGGAGAGAUUGUGCUUCCUCCUAAGAGAAAAUCUGGAAAAGGCAAAAAGAAGUAGUUCAAAGAUUGAAGUUUUCUUCUCUUGUUGGGCUGUAAUUGUCUUAUUUUUGUUCUUGGGAUAUGAAGUGUAGUGGUUGGUGAAUUGGUACUUUGGAUUCGUUUCACUGUAAUGAGAAGUGAUUUCUUGAUUCUCCAUUUGUUGAAUUUGUCUGGAUACUUUUUCCA